CGCUUCACUAACCAUCUGGAAGCAAGCAAGUUACUUCUAGUGAACAAUUUUCCUUCCCAUUCCAUUAAUUUCCCUAAUAAUGAACUUGCAAAGGCAGUUGGAGCUUAGCCAAAGCUUGAAAAAGAAAAAUUAAGAACUGAACUUACAGUGCUAUACAGCAGAGAAGAUUUAUGGAAGUCACAAAACCUCCCAGAUCUUCUCAAGAUGAUAAGUGAUAUGAAUUUACAGUCACCAUUUUCAGAAACUGUCAAGUUAUUGAAAAUUCUAAUAACAACUCCAAUGACAACAGCAGACGCAGAAAGGUGCUUUUCAACUUUGAGAAGGAUUAAAACUUUCCUGUGCAUCACUAUGGUGACUGAAGGACUGUCUGCUUCAGCAAUGUUAUCAGUUGAAGGUGCAAUAGUAAUGGAAUCAAAGAACUUCAAUGACGCUGUGAUAAAUAAUUUUGUAACAAGUAAAAGCAGGAAAUGGACUUUAUUUUGAAGUAACUAACAUAGCACAUCGCCACUAGUACAGUCUGCCCUCCUCGCCAUCUCCCCAAGCCAAGCCACGCUGCCUAUCUAAGGACCUGAAAGCCCUGACUUGACUGCUGUACCAUUCGAAUUGGUGGAUAAUUAAAUGCAAAAUAAGGUCAACAUCAGCAGCAGUGGGCCAGGGUGAUGGAGACGCCGGAGAAGGGCCCCGAGGUGCCAGUGCCGCUGCUGGAGUGCACGCUGACGGUGGAGGUGAUGCGGAACAACGCCAAGCACACCAGCACACACAAGAAGGUCAAGCUGAUGCUGGGCCGCAACGAAUUCAGGGACCUCAUUCUGCGCAUGCAAGGUGCCAAGAGCUCCCUGCAGUGGCCUCUCUCCCAGUCCUUCCAGCUGCACACACGGUUCAUGAAGGAGGGCAAGGCCACCAUCAGCCUGGGCAUGGGCACCACCAAGCUGAUGGUGUCCAACGCCCCGCCCAACGCCCUGCUGGUGUUCCUCAAGGUCCUGGCCAGCAAGAAGGCCGUGGGGGUGGAGGGCCAGGCCGGGCCAGCCAAGGGGGUGACGGCCAGGCAGCGGCUCCUGUCCACGCGACCGUCGGCCUUUGAGGAGAUCAGUCCACUCACGCUGAAGGAGUACGAGGGGGCCCGUCAGAAGAAUGGCCGCCCGCCCCUAAAGGAACAGAACGGCCAGCAGCAGCAGCAGGACCUCGGCGCCUCCCCCGUCACCAGCAAGAGGAGGAGUGAGGCGUCCCCCGGCAGGAAGGCCAAGGUGUCCCGCUUCCUCACCCCGUCGCCACUCACCCAGGAGCAGAAGAGAGUGAUCCAGGCUGUGCACUCGGGCCACAAUGUCUUCUUCACAGGCAGCGCAGGCACGGGCAAGAGCUUCCUGCUGCAGCGUCUUCUGGGCUCGCUGCCGCCGGACACCACCUUCGUCACCGCCAGCACGGGGAUAGCGGCCAGCCAUAUUGGGGGGGCCACGCUCCACUCCUUUGCUGGCAUUGGCAAGGGCGACGACAGCUUGGCUCAGUGUGUCAGGCUGGCCUCCCGCAAGACUGUGGCCCAACAAUGGAGGAAAUGCAAGCACCUCAUAGUGGACGAGGUCUCUAUGGUGGAUGGACUCUUCUUUGAGAAGCUGGAGGCGGUGGCGCAGGCCAUUCGUAACAACACCAAGCCGUUCGGGGGCAUCCAGCUCAUCCUGUGCGGCGACUUUCUGCAGCUGCCGCCAGUCACCCGGCCCGGACAGGAGCGCAUCUUCUGCUUCCAGACGGAGGCGUGGCAGCGCUGCAUCACCCAGACCCUAGAGCUGACCCAGGUGAAGCGACAGGAUGACCAGAGCUUCAUCCGCAUCCUGCAAUCCGUCAGGCUGGGCAGGUGCAGCGAGGAGGCAGCGGAGGUCCUUCAGGGCACCAAGGACAACACGGUGGAGCGGAACGGCAUCAAGGCGUCGCGGCUCUGCACCCACCGCAGCGACGCCGACCACAUCAACGCACAGAACCUCGCCCAGCUGACAGGCCCUGAGCGUGUGUUUGAGAGUGUGGACAGUGACCCGAGCCGCGCUGCCAUGUUGGACAGCAGCACACCGGUGGGUCAGAGGCUGGUGCUGAAGGUUGGCUGCCAGGUCAUGCUUGCCAAGAACCUGGAGGUGGGCCGAGGACUGGUCAACGGCGCCAGGGGGGUGGUCACGGCCUUCACCAACGGCAGGGACGGCAACCCCAUCGUGCGGUUCAUGAGUGGGGUGACCAGUGAGGUGCGGUUUGCCCAGUGGCGGGUGGCGGUGGUGGCCGGGAGCUUCGUCACGCGCAUGCAGCUGCCCCUCAAGCUGGCCUGGGCUUUCUCCAUACACAAGAGUCAGGGCAUGACGCUGGACUGUGCGGAGAUGUCAUUCUCGCGGGUGUUCGAGGCGGGCCAGGUCUACGUGGCUCUAUCGCGCGCCAGGAACCUCCAGGGGCUGAGGGUGCUGGACUUCAACCCUUCCUGUGUUCGAGCCCAUCCCAGCGUCCUGAAGUUCUACCAUAAUUUGAGGAGGGAGCAGAGCCUGAGCUGAUGAUGAUGUUGAUUAGUGAGAGAGAGACUGUGUGUGUGUGUGUGUGUGUGUGUGUGUGUGUGUGUGUCCGAGCCCAUCCCAGCGUCUUGAAGUUCUACCAUAAUUUGAGGAGGGAGUAGAGCCUCAGCUGAUGAUGAUGUUGAUUAGUGAGAGAGAGAGAGAGAGAGAGAGAGAGAGAGAGAGAGAGAGAGAGAGAGAGAGAGAGAGAGAGAGAGACUGUGUGUGUGUGUGUGUGUGUGUGUGUGUGUCCGAGUGCAUCCCAGCGUCUUGAAGUUCUACCAUAAUUUGAGGCGGAAGCAGAGCCCGAGCUGAUGGUGACGAUGAUGAUUGUCUGUAAGGGGGGGUAUUUUAUUUAUUUUUUUAUUUUUUAUAUGGUAAGUGAGGCAGCUCAAGGGGAAAAAAAACAAAAACAGCAAUAAAAAGUCCUGUGUAGCAGGGUUCCCAAGCAGGGUCCAUGGAACAAUUUCUAGGGGUCCACAGGGAUUAUAAUUAUUUUUAAAUUUAAUAUACUGGAAUUAGGAGACAUGCGGCUCGGAAUAAAAUUCAUACUGCUGCACACAGUCCUUAAAACUGAAUGCUUGAAUGCUAGAAAUGAUCUACAGUACCCUCCUGAGUUUGGCGCUUGCUUCGUUCCACAGGUACAGCGCUAAACUCACGGAUUGGUAAACUCUGUGUCUUGAAAACACUGAAAAAGCGCACAUUUGUUCUGGCCCGUGGAGAAGCUGACCUUUUUCCCACUUUACUCCCUUGUUAUCAUAAAAUACAUACUGUGUAAAAAAGAAGAAAAUGUGAAGAGAGAACGGGUCGUUUGGAAGCCAUAGCUGAAGGCGGCUGGCUGCCCUACCAUAGGUUGAGUUCUGAAAACACGCUUGUGAUUCAUUGAGUUCAAUGACGUCAUCGCCUGCGCUCAUCCAAUCAGCGGCCUCUAACUAUGACGAAACAAAAGGUUUGUGAAUCUGAAGUCAACGUUGAUAGUUAAAUCAUUAGUUGAUAGCCUUUACCGUGGACCAUUAGUGCCCAUCUCUGUGAAUCUGAAGGCAACGUUGAUAGUUAAAUCAUUAGUUGAUAGCCUUUACCGUGGACCAUUAGUGCCCAUCUCUGUGAAUCUGAAGUCAACGUUGAUAGUUAAAUCAUUAGUUGAUAGCCUUUACCAUGGGCCAUUAGUGCCCAUCUCUGUGAAUCUGAAGGCAACGUUGAUAGUUAAAUCAUUAGUUGAUAGCCUUUACCGUGGACCAUUAGUGCCCAUCUCUGUGAAUCUCGCCCCAGCACGUGUGAACACGGUCACCCAACCACCAGUUUCUCGAGAAUUUUGCACAGAUUCAAAGUCGGCUGCAUUUCACAAGAAACUCUUGGAAAUUCUUGUCAGAAACUCUGUCACCAGCAUGUCGGUUAUGUUCUCGUGAGGUCGGUAAGUUGUGGUCACAAGAAAAAGAAGAGCGUAUCAGCUGAUCAGUUCAGUAGCUGUCCACAUGUUUAUUCCAGCACCACGGUUGAGCAGGUCUUGGACUUGAGUCUUGUCCAAGCGUAGCCACUGCUUCAUUGUGUCUGGGUCCUCACUGCCAAGUUCUCGCAGCACUUAACGGCAGCAAGCUGUAACACACUGCCUCAUUGUGUCUGGGUCCUCACUGCCAAGUUCUCGCAGCACUUAACGGCAGCAAGCUGUAACACACUGCCUCAUUGUGUCUGGGUCCUCACUGCCAAGUUCUCGCAGCACUUAAUGGCAGCAAGCUGUAACACACUGCCUCAUUGUGUCUGGGUCCUCACUGCCAAGUUCUCGCAGCACUUAACGGCAGCAAGCUGUAACACACUGCCUCAUUGUGUCUGGGUCCUCACUGCCAAGUUCUCGCAGCACUUAACGGCAGCAAGCUGUAACACACUGCCUCAUUGUGUCUGGGUCCUCACUGCCAAGUUCUCGCAGCACUUAAUGGCAGCAAGCUGUAGCAUACUCUCCCUUUGUCUCUGAGCUAACCACUCAUGAACCUACAAAUGCUUUCUUUUCUUUUUCUUUUUCUUCAGCAAGCACCACAAAGCAAACUCUGCAGCGUCUGGAUCCAGUGUUUGUUUUGCUUUUCAGCUGAUACAUCCCAGAAUGCAACAGUCCUCUGUGUGACUAAACUGGAGGGUAAAUUCCAUGCAGAAACUUCUCGGGAGAUAAUUUUGGUGGGAAAUUCUCAAGAAACUAGCUUGUGUGACUGCACCUUUAAGCUGCUGGUGUUACACUGGACCUUUUUCCUCCGCUGUGUUGGCGAUCGGGGCAACUGGCAGCUCCAACUUUUCCAGGUGUGCGUUACACACGGUCAAGGUCAGUUGUCCGUGUUCACAACGUAAACAUAGCAGUCGCCCUGCAUCGAUUAAAUAGUAAACAAAGCAGCUCUGACAGUCUACUUAACGAGUUUCUUGGUUGUCCAUCUCCACUGCUCCUCACUCCUCAGCCACUGCCUUUGUCUGUUUCGUGUUGUUGGUUGUAACCCCAACCAUUUUCCACCAAUAUGGACAAUCGACAACUCGCUCCCAGUUGGGCGCACGGGCAACCACAGUUGCCAGUAGUCCCAAUGGUUGGAGGAAAAUGGCUAGUGUGACCGCCUUAAGGAAUCGCACGUGACGCCGACGGUAGGUAGAUGUGACCCGUACAUGUCAAAGCAGCGCGAAACUUGGGGCAGUAACGCGUCAAAGUUGGGAUGAUGAGAAUUUAGGAUUGAGUGCCAAACUCAGGGAUUGUGAAACUCGGAUAGCACGAAACUCAGGAGGGUACUGUACACUAUGUAAGGCAUUGUACAUGAAUGUAUUUAUUUUUUGCAGAAAAAUCUCCUAUUAAUUUUGGUGGCUUAACCUUCAUUGUCUUAGAGGCCCACGGGUGAAAAAGUGCCUUGUAACGGGGCCUGGGACAAAAAGGCUGGGAACCACUGCUCCAGACACUGCUCCAAGGAAAGCAACUAGAACAGCAGGCCAUGACAAUGUUGAUGUGUGUGUGUGUGUGUGUGUGUGUGUGUGUGUGUGUGUGUGUGAGUAUUUAUUUGGCUAGUUGUGAUAUGCAGGAAACAAGCUAUGCACUCACUAUUUUCCUGUCCUUCAGUCUCAGUAAGUUAGUUUAGUUUCAAUGUUAUUUAAGAUCUGAAUUAAACCUUUUUAGUCUUAAGAUGUUCAAGUGAUCAAUGUAUUAUUAUUUAUUUUAUUUAUUUUUUAUUUUUACGUUUUAUGUCCGGCGGGGUUUCCUUAGCCUUGGUGGUUGGCCCGAACCCGUCUGGGUGCAGGCAAGUGUUUGUAGUGACGCCAUCUAUUAGGACAACUGUGUUUGGUGAAGCCUUUCCAGCAUUUUGUCCUCAUCUUCCUUCUUCUCUUCCUUUCUCUCAUCUUUAUCAGGCUCUUCAUGUCUCUUUGUCUGGUGUAGUGAAGUGCCACUUGUGUGUGCCAGCAUUAUAUAAAUAACCAUAAAUACACUAAAAUUU